UAAUCUAAUUAUUAAAAAUAAAAUAAAAAAAUAAAAAAAUCUAAAACGCAGUGGCACUCAACUCAAGUGAAGCAAGAUAGAAGAAGAUGACGAUAAUGAACUGCGUUUCGUUUUCUUCAAUUCCAAUUCCAAUUUCAAUUUCAAAACCAUCCUAUAAACAACUCAGUUUUUCUUCUUCUUCUUCUUCUCUGUCUUCCAUUUCAACGGUAGCGAUUAAUCCACGUAAGCAAUUCAGAAGAAACAACGGUCUCACUUGUAACGCUCUUUUCGGAUUGGGCGUACCUGAACUCGUUGUUAUUGCCGGAGUUGCUGCCAUCGUUUUCGGACCCAAGAAGUUGCCAGAAGUCGGUCGCAGCAUCGGUAAAACCGUCAAAAGCUUCCAACAGGCAGCAAAGGAGUUUGAAUCUGAGCUUAAAAAAGAACCUGAUUCCACAGGAGGGGAGCCAUCUGAUAAAUCUUUUGCUGCGAGCAAACAGGAGACGCAAGAUACUGAGGUGUCUAGUUCUAAGGAGAGUGCAUAAGAUUAGUUAAAGAUGUGAUUUGUUAAGUAGGUAUCAAAUUUUCUCCACGACAAUAUAUACAUUCAAAAGAAACAUUCUUCUCCAACCUAGAUCGUGUAAAUUUAGCAUUUCCUCCUUUCACCAGUUUAGUCACUACAAAGCUUUAAGUGGAUGGAAGGUAAAGAAAAGAACUUAAGUGAAGGAAGAAAAGUGGAUGUAUUGGGGAAGAAGUGAGAAAAAUAAUAAUCUAAGAAGGUUCAACUUUUGGUUUUA